AUGUCCAAUUUGAGUCGACACUGGCACCACAUGGAGGAGACGGAUGCGGCCGCGAAUUUCGAAAGAGCUCUUCAGGGCCUAACGGUGAAGGAGGACCCGCGUUGGGCACCAGUGGAAGAAACGACUUGCCAAGUUUUGUCUACGGCGCCCAACGAAUCGACUGAGGAGAAGGCGAGUGGGGUUGACGACGAUGACAAUGAUAUCAUAGCGCAAGCACUUCGGAAAGCGGGCGUUAUUUCCCCAACACCGCCAAAGCCUACUUGCUCUUCUGCGGUUACCUCUCAGCAAUCGGUACCAACUGACACAACUGGCUGCUACAACCCACUUCCGACUUACCACGAGCCUUCCUCCACUAAUCCCCCAACGAGCAAUGUCAGCAUUCCUGCUGUUGCUGGUCAAAGCAUUAGAAUAGUAAGGGUGCUCUCGGCCUCUUCGCCUUCACCUGCUCCACUUACCGCAGCUGGUACACUUCCUCCAUCGCCUCCUUCUCUCCCGCAUUCUCUUGCUACUCCAUGUCGAAAAAGGGCCAAUUCUGAGCAGAUUGCACAGCACAUUCCAAAGUGCAUGCGCUUUAGUAACGCCAAUCCCGAUACUGACGCAUCCGUCGCUACCUCUACUGCCGGUGCUGCCACCACCUCAAACACCACAACGAAACAUCCUUGUCGCCUACUAUGCCUGAGGGCACGGAGACCCACUUCGGUUCCUAGUAGCCAAUCUGUGCAAUUGGCAUCAAUAAGCACAACUGACCACUACAGCGCACCUCCCACCACGAUCUACCAGUGUCCGCCCAUCAACACCCAUACGGGGAAUGCCAACAUUCCUGCAGUUGCUGCACCACCCACAAGAAUAAUAAAGAUUCUCCCAUCUCCCUCACCUGCGCCUCGGUCUCAUCCACCUUCUUCACUACCUCCCUCCCUACCGCAUCCUCUUGCUACAGGAUCGCAAAUGGGAGGCAAUUGCGAGCAGAUUGCACAGCACUUCUCAAGGUAUAUGCAGUUCAGUAGCGUCAAUCCUGAUACUGCCGCAUCUGUCGCUGUGGCGGCAGUCAAUACCGCCACUGCUACUGCCGCUGCUGCUGCUGCUGCUGCUGCCGAUGCUGUCGCUGCCUCGAAUGCCACAAUGAACGAUCGUAUUCGCCCACCUCGUCGGAGGGCACGGAGACGCGCGUCGGCUCCUAGUAGCCAAACUCACUAG